AUGAGUCUUAAGACAGCAAAGGUUCUCAUCCUUAACGCAGGUUUCAACUUCGCACACUCAGGAGGAAAGUUGAAUACAUCUCUCACAGAAGAAGCAAAAAAGUAUCUUGAGUCUAAAGGUCAUGAAGUCAAGAUCACAAAUAUAGCAGAUGGCUACAACAUCGAAGAGGAAGUCUCUAAGAUCAUGUGGUCAAAUGUAGUUAUCCUUCAGACACCAGGUUGGUGGAUGGGUCUUCCAUGGGGUGCAAAGAAGUAUAUAGAUGAAGUAUUCGCACACGGUGUCAUGUACAGGAAUGAUGGCCGCACAAGAAAGGAUCCAAGCAAGAAGUAUGGCAGUGGUGGUCUCUGCCAGGGAAGAUACAUCAUGAUAUCCUCUACAUGGAAUGCUCCAGAGGAGUCAUUCGACGAUCCUUCUCAGUUCUUCGAGGGCCGCCAUGCAGAAGGUGUCUGGUUCAAUGUAUACAAGGCAUUCGAAUUCUGCGGAUUCGAAAAACUCAAACCAGUGACAUUCCACGAUGUGAUGAAGAUGCCUGACUUCAGCAAGUACAUCGAACACCUACAUCAACACUUAGAUAAUGUUUUCAUUUAA